CCUCUGGCGUCUCUGGUUUCGUAUAGGGUAUUAAAUUACCCAAUGGGAGCUUUAAUAGAGCUAGACACACUCUUGAUUGUGAGUCUGGAUGAGGGAGAGAUUGAAGGGAGGAAGGGGGACCAUAGCAGAGCUGCCAAGCAGAGUAGAAAGGGCACAACAACUUCUGCAGACUCGGGGACACGGAUUACACAGAGGACUGAAUUCAAACGUAUCGUACAACUGCCUGAAUGAUAGUCAGGAGGAGGGAGGCCCUGCCAGGAUCUUCAGCGUGGCACUGGUUUUGGUGUCCCCUCUGUCUCCUGCACUCAAACCAGGGUGAUAGACAGAGCCGUGGCUGCACGAGGGAUGGAGGUGCCUCUUGUUAAUUUUGAGAACAUGGAUGAUGUUGGCAUUAACCUAGGAGACCCGAAUGACUCCGGGUACCCGACCUCACCCACCUCAGAGGGGCCCGAACAGAAUCUUCUAACCCGCCGCUUGACUUCACCCCACCAGUCGCCACAUAGAGGACGACGCAGUCAGUCAGGUCAAGAAGGGUUGUCCCCGUCCUCUCCUCUGACAAUGACCACUAAAGCAAACUCCAGCAGUGGCAGCAUGAUGUCUAAUCUGAAGCUCCUGAUCAACAGUGAGUCUCCCACUGACAGUGUCUUCAGCAAGAUGGCAAAGGAUUGCUUUGAUAAUGAAGAUUUGUUUGAAAAGCACUGCGUGGAAGAAAAAGAUGAGAAAGUAAUCAUCAAUAUUUCAGGUAUGACGUACGAGACGCAGCUCAGCACCCUGAAUAAGUUUCCAGAGACGCUGCUUGGUAACCCCAUGAAGAGGAUAAACUACUUUGACCCAAUGAGAAACGAGUACUUUUUUGACCGAAACCGCCCGUCUUUCGAUGGUGUUCUGUACUACUAUCAGUCAGGGGGGAGAAUCCGCAGACCAGCCAAUGUUCCCUUAGAUGUUUUUGCUAAUGAAAUCGUUUUCUAUGAGUUGGGUCAUGAAGCAAUGGAGCAGUUCCGUGAAGAUGAAGGGUUUAUUAAAGAGCCAGAGCUCCUUUUGCCCACCAACGAACUCCAACGACAAUUCUGGCUUCUGUUUGAAUACCCAGAAAGCUCCAGUGCAGCCAAAUCUGUAGCUCUGGUUUCAGUGUUAGUCAUCGUCAUUUCCAUCUUCAUCUUUUGCCUAGAGACUCUGCCAGAGUUCAGGGAAGACAAUGACUUUAUCCCGACUUUGGCCCAAAUCUUCAAUGGGACUCGACACAGUUCUGCUCCUCGUCCCGCCAUUAAAGACGUGAUGGCAUAUUUCACAGACCCCUUUUUCAUUGUGGAGACAAUUUGCAUAAUUUGGUUCUGCUUUGAAGUCGGUGUCCGUUUUGUGGUGUGCCCCAGCAAAAGUGACUUCUUCAAUAACAUCAUGAAUAUCAUUGACAUUGUCUCGAUAAUUCCCUACUUUGUAACCCUGGUAACAGAGCUGGCUACGACGCAUGAUGAUGAUGAGAUGAACUCUGGUCAGAACAUGUCCUUGGCAAUCCUAAGAAUCAUCCGUCUAGUGAGAGUUUUCAGAAUUUUUAAACUCUCCCGGCACUCAAAAGGGCUUCAGAUCUUGGGGCAGACAUUAAAAGCCAGUAUGAGGGAACUUGGGCUGCUCAUCUUCUUCCUUUUUAUAGGAGUCAUCCUUUUCUCAAGUGCCAUCUACUUUGCAGAAGUGGAUGAACCUCAGACACAGUUUAUUAGCAUCCCUGAUGGUUUCUGGUGGGCUGUGGUGACAAUGACCACCGUGGGAUACGGAGACAUGUGCCCCAUCACAAUGGGAGGCAAAAUGGUCGGCACCCUCUGUGCCAUUGCUGGUGUCCUGACCAUUGCCUUGCCCGUCCCUGUCAUCGUCUCCAACUUUAACUAUUUUUACCACCGUGAAACUGAGCAGGAGGAGAAACUCAUAAUGGAUGCAGCGGCAGAGGCUGCUCAGAAAAUAUCAGCUGCAAACAAGUAUGGAAGCACACCUUCACUAAACAAAAGUAACGGCACCUGGCAGAAUGAGAAAAAUGGCAUGCACUGAUAUAGUAUUUAUUUAUAUUGAGGGCAUGAAAAACACAUGGACAAAACCAAACAUAAAUGCAUAUAUAUAUCAUACAUACAUAUCUUUCUCACUAUUUUGUACUCCAAACAUGGCAGCAUUUGUGCAUAUUGUUACAGUAUUAUCAGGCACUGUGUGGUGAGACAGUGAUGAGAGUCUGUCUGCUUGUGGAUGUGUCAAAGUGCAAUUAACACAACUGAGCAACUCCUAUGUCAGUUAAUCUUGAUGAGAAGAACUGAAAGGUAAAAUGAUUAUCUCCCAUCCAGUGCAAGUUAAAGUAAAUUGCGUAAGGGCUUAUUUGUACUAUAGACAUUUCACCUUGUAGAUUGUAGUGGCAGCACAAGUGAAAGGCAGAGUAAGUUGUAAAUUUGACAACAAAAAAAAAAGGUCUUUGAGGUCUGUAUAACAGAAUCCCACAAAAUAAAUCUAAAACUGAUUUGAUAAUUGUAGCAUUUAAACUGGAAGUAUAUUCAAAGCUCUUAUUACAUACCAGUUCAAUAUUAACCCACACUUCAUCAUAUUCAGCGAAUCUUAGAUAGAACUUGGCAUCAUUUUCAAGGUCAGGCUGAACGUGUCCAGUGUAAGGCAAGAGGACAUCAGCGCACACAUUGUCUUAUCAGCAAAUCUAUAGCUGUGAAUUCUCAGUCAGCAGCACUUCUUCAUAUGACACAGCGUAACAAUAUCUGUGAUAAAUAGCUGGCAGGUUUAGCACGUCUGCGAUUUAGUCUUGUAGAUAGGCUGUAUGAUAUAAAUCAAACCAUGAAACUGCUCAGCAUUCACUCUAUCGUAGCAGUCGCAUGCAGCAGUUCCAGCAUUUUUAACGGCAUAUUUUGCACGAGAUCAUGCAGAUUUAGCUGUAUAUGCAGUCUCCUUCUAACAGGUUAUUAUAAUGUGAAUUUAGCCUAGAAAAAAAAACAUAUCAAUUCAUUGCACUGAAUGUUUUGUUUUGUUUUCCUCACAUAUCUCUUAAGAACUUUUGGAGCUUUUCACCAUCAGCUGUUGGCAGGGAAAACAUAUUACGAGAUAUAUAUUUGUGUUCAGAAAGAGCCAGGGGCAAAGAGGAAAAGACAACUUUGCACUCUUGUAUUUGAACACUUCUCCAUUUUACCAUUGUGCUCUCAUUUGUACUGCAUAGCAUAGUGUGCCGAAAUAAGGUUUCACACGUAGUAUCAGUAACUGAACGUUUGACAUAUUUAUUAUUGUGUAGCUAAAAUAUAUUGUAGUAUUUCAAUCAUAUAGUGAGGAUCAUUAUAUUUCAUGUGAUAGCGAAAGCCAAUAAACUUCAACUGGAUAUUUCAUCUUGUCGCAUCAGGAAAACGUGAAUUGGUACUAUAUAUGUAUAUGCAUGCCACAUUCCGGUCUUGAAAAUGUACUGUAUGUGAGUUUAUUAUAUAUAGAAAUACAGCUUGUAUAAAAAUCGCAAUGGAUAUAAUUGUAACACAAUCAAUGCCUUUCUAAUAAUCCUACAAUAUGCAAUAAUGAUGACGUGUGGGUGGAGAUAUGUUGUAUUUUCCACCCAUGGAAAGAGCAAUACAUGUAAUUAAUUCAAAUUAAAUGCAAUAAGGUGACAUCAUUAGUCACAUUGGUACUCAGCACUUUACUAUGUU